AAUGAAGAAAUCCUAAUAAAGAUUGUAAAGGAAGAGGAGGAACCUGAAGCUGAAGAUUACCUCUACUGUGAGCAGUGCAGAUCUUUCUUCAUCAACAAGUGUGAGGUUCACGGUCCGCCUCUCUUCAUCCCUGAUCCCCCCGUACCCAUGGGCGUUAUGGACCGAGCCAGACAAACUCUUCCACCUGGUGUUGAGGUUCGGGAGUCCGGUAUUCCUAAUGCAGGUCUGGGAGUGUUCAAUAAGGGGGAGACUGUUCCCGUGGGUGCACACUUCGGACCCUACCAGGGAGAACUGGUAGACGGAGAGGAAGCCGUGAACAGUGAAUAUUCCUGGGUGAUACACAAGGGUGGGCAGUGUGAGGAAUACAUAGACGCCAAAAAAGAGACAUAUGCUAAUUGGAUGAGGUUUGUAAACUGUGCUCAGAAUGAUGAAGAGCAGAAUCUGGUGGCUUUUCAGUAUCAGGGUGGAAUCUUCUACCGCUGCUGUCGACCCAUCAAACCAGGACAGGAGCUUUUCGUGUGGUACGACGAGGCGUACGCUAGAGAUCUGAGCAGCUCCUUCGACUACAUUUGGAACAAAAAGUGCUCUGCAAAUGUUUCCUACACAUCACAGCAUUACCUCUACAAACACAUCAGAAGAUGCCACUAUGAGGAAUAUAUGAGGCGGGUAACACCAGAGAAAGACCAGAGCUGCGGUCACGCCGAAAAAAAGCUCCAUUACUGCUCGGAGUGUGGGAAAGAAUUUAAUAACCAGAGUACUCUCCAGCGACACCUCCGCUUCCACACGGGAGAAAAGCCCUACCAGUGUCUACAGUGUGGGAAGAGUUUUACACAGCAGAGUGAUCUCCACCGGCACCGGCGCGUUCACACCGGUGAGAGACCGUAUCACUGCCCACAGUGUGGGAAGAACUUCACUGGCAAGAGUCACCUGCAGUUACACCAGCGCAUUCACACCGGUGAGAAACCGUUCUGCUGCUCAGACUGUGGCUGGGGUUUUACUCAAAAGAGCGACCUGAACCGACACCAGUGGGUUCACACUGGAAAGAAACCGUUCGACUGCGCACAGUGUGGGAAGAGUUUUACCGAUAAAGGAGACCUCAUAAGGCACCAUCGCAUUCACACCGGAGAGAAGCCGUAUCGGUGCGCGCACUGUGGGAAAAGUUUUACUCAGCAGGGUCAUCUCGAUCAGCACCAGCGCAUUCACACGGGAGAGAAGCCGUAUCACUGUUCCGAGUGUGGGAGGAGUUUUACUAUGAGAGGAACCCUCAUAAACCACCAGCGCAUUCACACGGGCGAGAAGCCGUAUCAGUGCUCGGAGUGCGGGAGGAGUUUUACCCAACAGGGUAAUCUCGAUCAGCACCAGCGCAUUCACGCAAAAUAGAAAUAUCAUCACUGCUCAUAGUGUGGAAUGAGUUUUGAAGCCAUCAGUCAUAAUGUAUAUUAUGUAAACAGUUUAAUGUAGCAGAACUGUUGCUGUUGGUGGUGUUGGUUGGGGUGUAGAGUAUACAUUAACCCACUUUUUAUAGUAAUUUAUUGUUACGUAGUCCCAAAGCAAACUAUAAUAGUGUGUAUCAAUAAUACAAUGAAUGAAGGAAUGUUACAGGCGGCAUGAUGGUGCAAUAGGUAGCGCUGUCGCCUCAUAGCAAGAAGGGUCUGGGUUUGACUCCCCAGGUUUUCCCCAGGUGCCCCCGUUUCCAUCCACAAGUUCAAAGACGUGCAGUCAGACCAAUUGGAGCUACAAAAAAUGCCCGAAGUGCAAGUGUGUGUGACCUGUGAUGGACUGGCGACCCUCUCCGGGGUGUUUCCUGACCUCCUUCCAACGGAUCAGACCCACCGCCACCCUGAACAGGAUAAAGCAACGAAUGAAUGAAUGAAUGGAGCCAGUGAUGUUUUAGCUUCUGUUUACACAUGAACUAACUAACCAGAAUUCAUCUGCUAUUGUAAAUUGGUUAUCAUACCUAUGUAAAUACUGUAGGUGCUUUAUUAACAUGGAAAAAAUCCUCUGCACAUCCAGAAAGUGGAUCAUCAUCAUCAUCAUCAUAUUUAUAACUGUUAUACUGACACCAUUAGCUGGGACAUAGCAAGACGAGAGCCAAGAUAGAAAUAGUCAUAAGUAUCCUGAAGGCUGCUUUCUGUGUCUGUGUCUGUUAAAUAUCAACGCAGAAAGGGUGUGUAUUGUGACAUUGUUCAGGUAGGUGUGGUACGUUGCUCCAAUUAAAGUAGACACUCUCACAUAUCUAAAUAUGAGAUGAGUUGCUUAAAAUGAUCAUUACCCUGGCACUCAUUUGCACCAAAUAAAUACUGCAUGACCCUG